UGAAAUAAUUAUCGAUGCGAAGUGAGCUUCUCGUCAUGCAUUCGCGAUUCGUGUUGCACAUGUGACAAAAUAUGCCUCCAAGACAAGCGGGAAGCUGCCAAAGAUGGUUGUUUUGGGCCCCCUCUGGUGGCCGUCGGUGACACGGCAGCCAAUCAGCUCGCCGAUGAGCCGCAGGUGUGUUGGCUUGGCCGCCAAACAACAAGAAGAGGCCACGUCACGGCUCACUUGACCCUUUUCACAUGAAUUUCAAAAGACGACAACAACAAGCAGAACAAAUCCCAGCAACCUCCCCACCAAAAAUGUUGGCUUACAAAGCGGCGACGCUUCCGAGCCACGCGCUGGUCCUGAGCUUUGUGCUUGGGCCUCUGUGGACCUCCUGCGAGGCGCAACUACUGGAAGACGAGGCCAAACCGAUCUCCGGUGCGGCGGUUGAAGGGGGCGGGGCUUUCUUCGCCCUGAGAAGCUGCCACCAGCGUCUGGGCGGCGACGACGGCGACUUCUUUUCUCCCGACUAUGUUUGCGCCAACCCGCCCCUGUGGUGCAACUGGAGCAUCCGGGCCCCCGCCGGCAAGCGGGUCCACCUGCACCUCCAGGACCUGACCCCCGACGAGGACUGCCACCUGAAGGAGGACCGAAUCUACGUGGACGAGCCCGCCGACCCUUCGGCCGGGACCUCGGCGCGUCACCGGGUCCUGCGGGGGUGCUGGCGCGAGGCCACGUACGCGUCCGGGUCCGAUACCCUGCGCGUGGUCCUGCUGAUCGGCGGACGGCCUGCUCGGCAAUACCGGGGGUUCUACGCACGCUACCGUAGCUUCGGACCGGACACGCCCUACCGUUCGCCGGAUGGCGCCUCUGCGCCAGACGGCAACCGGGACCCUUGGGACUGGGGUGACCUUAGCCCGAUGACAGCGGGGCAGGGCGAGCGGCAUCCCACGGCGACGGCCGACGUCUUUCCCGUCUUCGAUUACCCUGGUAAAGCUGCCGACUCGUCCGCGGGGCCGGACGUACGUGCUCAGGACUCGAAGAUUCAGUCGGAGAUCACGCAGACGUCCGAGUCGCCACAUAGAACCUCCCCGGCGGAAAGAGGCGCCCCCGGAAUGCUCUCGGAUUCGCCCGACCUUGCCGGACCGCCACGCAAACAUCUGAACCGAUUCCCCGGCGGCUCCCUUCACGCCCCGACUGCCGAGCGCAGGGAUGCCGAGCCGCCGGAAGACCAACAUCGGCCAGCUGAAGUGGGACAAAACGAGAUGGAGGUGGUGGAUGCGUCGUCAUCCCCUAAAGAACAAAAACCAGGGCGGACCCUUCCGCCCCCCAACUUAGUCGAAGCGCUUUCGGCUCACCGAGUCAAUGUCUGGAACGCCUCUCAAGUUCGACACGAGCCCGGCGAUCAGCUGUUUGAAGUGUCGGUGGAGGUGCAGCUCGGUCAGGAGGGCGACCCCCGCCAGGAGCGUCUGGACGGAUUGCUGAUGAAGUCCCUCAAGGCUCUUGUCUUGCGACAUCUGGACUCGCGUCACACCCCGCUCAGCUUGACCUUUAAAAGAAUCAAAAGGCUGCGUGCGGGUGAACUCUACAUCAUGUGGCUAAACACGGGUCGCGGGGGGAGUCAAAUGUCCUCCGGCGUCCACCGGGACCUCCACGAGAUGGUCGGAAGCGCCCUCGGGCCGGCCGGGAACCCGCAUCGCGGCGUCGUGGCUUCGGUCUCCGUCGGCGACGUCAACGAAUGCGGGACGCAGUUGGCGCUGUGUGACGUCAACGCCGACUGCCUGGACCAGUUUGGCUCGUACGGGUGCCGCUGCAAAGACGGCUUCCGGGAUGAGUCGCAUUUGGGCCCCGCGGGAACCGUUUGUGUGCAGCAGGAGCCCACAGGUUGCAGCCGUGGCCCUUCGGGCGAGACCAAAGUUGUGUACGUGCUGUUCUUCCUGCUCAGCUCGCUGCUGCUGAUGUCGCUGGCGGCGGCGUGCGCCCUUUACGGCUGCCGUCGCCGGGGAAGCUUCCCGCUCAAAGGCCAGCCGUCCCACUCGGAUGGCCGCUUUCCCGACGCCGCCGCCUCAGACCCGCCGCCGCCUCCGCCGCCCGCCAGGGGGCCGCGUGACUCUUGGGCCCUACACAAGGAGCGACGCGCCGCCGUGGAUCUUCCGCUGCUCCGCUUCAGCCCACUGACGCCGUCCGACGUCUACGCAGACUCGCAGGAAGGCGGCAAAAAGUGACGAACUGCCCCGCCCCCCAGAUUGCAAUAAAAAAGCGUCCUUUUUUCUUCUCUCUCCAGUAAAAU